CACACACACACUCACACACUUACGCUCGCACACACACACACAGAGGAGAGCGUCUCCAGAGCUCGCGCUCCGUGGCGGAUUUACCUGCAGGUCAGCGGCUCUCUACCGGACUAACGGGUCUUCAACCAGCCGCCGGUGUGACAGCAAAACGGUGCCACGGUUCUCCGGCCCUCGUAGAACCGGCUGCGGUGGAACCGUGAUGAUGAUGAUGAUGAUGAUGACGAUGACGAUGAUGACCGUGGUCCCGCUCGUCUCCUCUCAGGAUGUCAGUGCGGCGGCUGGAGAUGGGCGCGGGGCGGCUCUCCCCUGUAGGAUGGUAGCCGACAGCGCAGCCGAAGGCCCCGACCCGCCUCUGUUGUCCAGCUCCUCCUCCUCGUCCUCCUCCUCGUCCUCCUCGCCGCUCUCCCGGCAGCUCGCUCCGAAGCCGAGGCCCCCGCCCGCCCCCCCGACCCACUUCCCCACCUUCUCCUGCAAGGAGGACUGCGAGAUCAUCACGGACACGGCGUCCCAGCUGCAGCGCAGCGCCUUCUACUGGGGCCCCCUGGGGGUGGAGGAGGCUCACCGCAUGCUGCGCCUCGCCCCGCCGGGCAGCUACCUCAUCCGCGACAGCCGGCAGAAGGACGUCUUCUUCACGCUGUCCUACCACGGCAAGAGCGGCCCGGUCAGCGUGCGCAUCGACUACAAGCGCCAGAGCUUCUCGCUGGCGGGCAACGAGCGCUCCUUCCCGACGCUCUUCGCCCUCCUGGAGCACUACGCCCGCUCGCCGCGGAGGAGCCUGAGCGCGCCCUACAGGAGAUGGGAGCCCACGCUGCAGGAGCUGUGCAGGAAGCGCAUCAUGGCGCUGUGCGGCGGCCGGAGCCGCGUGCCGGAGCUGCCGCUCACCCACGUGGCGCAGGACUUCCUGUUGGAGUUCCCUUUCGAUCUGUGAGCGGCGUUCCGAUCGGGUCGCUCGCGGUUUCGAGACGGCGUCCGACCGAGGAGACGCCCGAAAGAGGACGAGCGCGGACGGGGCGCCGCGCGGCCUUCGGGGGCUCGACUCGCGCGUGGACAGAGCGCCUUCGGGCGGCGUUAUACGGCCGCGAGGCGCCCUCGCCGGCGAGCGUAACCGCGUGGACGGCGUGGGCCUGUUGGAGGCGGCCGCGGCGCCCGGCGCGGGGCUGAACUUGUUUUGUAGCAGACUUUUAAAACUCUAACGUCGUCGAAUGUUUACACGCCACUCUGAAUGUUCGCCGGCGCCGACGGCUCAAAGAUGGAGUCCGGCGGUCCGGCGCUGAACCGUACUGUAGCUGGAGGCUCGGAUCACGAGCCUCGACUGAAUCGCAUCCACAAGAAUAUAUAUAUAUUUUAUUUCCUAUUGUAUUUGAAAUAAAACUUUAUUGAAACUAAA